GGAAAACAAAUUAAUGAAAGUGGUAAAUAUGUGUAUAAUUGUAAAUGAAUGUUUACUGUAUAAAAUAAUAAUGUCUUGUUUGGGUAAUUAUAUAAUUGAUAAGACAUAUGCAAAUGGCAAAAAAUAGACUGGCGGUAAAGGUGACAGGAGUAAAUUUAGUUAAAGUAGCUUUUGAACUUUUCUAUGUCUAUGAGGAGACUUUGAACAAUGACUCCGUAUUUCUAUCCAAAAGCAUAUAUACAAAGAAAUUGAAUCAAUGAUAUAUGAAAGAAUUGUAUAGUAGAAUUAUUAAUAACUGUUCAAAAAAGAAGCUGGCCAAAUAUAUAUAAAGGAUGGAUGAAUCAUUACAGUAAAUCCAUAUAGUGGAACAAUAUAGAGAAGUGAAAAAAAUCACAUGUACUUGCAACUAUGUGACUAAAUUUCAGAAACAUAAUGUUGAGUCCAAGAAGCCACAAACAAGAAAAACAUGUAGGAUUUCAUCUACACACAGUGCAAAGCAGGCCAGACCAAGCUAUGCAGUUUAGGGUUGCAUACCCAGGUGGUAAAGUAUGAAGAAAAUUAAGGAAAUAAUCAUUAUAAAUUAUGGAUAUUGCUUAUCUCAGGAGGUGUGAAGAAGGGUUUAGUUGCUUGGAAAGUGGCAUGGAGGUGGACCUGGGCUGUUUUCAGUGUUCCUUGUCUUGCUCUGCAUCAUGGUUACUUGACUGUUUAUGAUACACUGUGGUAUUUCCCAUUUUGUUUUGGUUCAUUUCUAAGUGUGCAUUAUAAUUUUAAUAUAAAAAUUUUUAAUUAAGAGAAAUGUCUCAUAGAAAUUAUCAUUACUCACCUCAGUAUAUACUGAGGGGAAAAUAAACUAUUUGUAUACAUUCUUAUACAACUCUAAGAGAGUUGAAGUGAGAACUUUCUUAUUUAGUUGCAAUGUGAGGAAAUUUGAGACGGUGUUAUCUGCCACCCCCAGAUUUUUCCAAAGGAUUUCUUCUAGCCAUAGUUUUCUACCUCACAGGAACAAAUAUUUGCCAUUCCCCAUCCAUUUUUUCUUUUGGCUCCUGAAUUCCUGACACAACAAGGUUGUAUGUAUUUCCCACACUCUUGUUUAGCAGAGUUCGUUUAUAAGUUAUGUUUCUCUGCAAGAGAAACCCUCCAAAACUACAUUAGACAUUUAUAUAUGACAUGUUUUGUAUUUCAUUUUUCUAAAUGGGUUUGGUGGAUGACUGUGGUGAUUACAGAUGGGCCAGAUUCUGCAUCUUGGAGGUCCUUAGAGUUUGGCCAAUUUAGUCUGGAUCAGGUGGGGAUAAUCUGCCUUCAUUAGUUUCUGAUUCUCCUCUGGGAACAGUGUACUAGCCAGGCGAUAUUCUCAUUGUGAAUGGAAAGAGGAAGAAUCCCCAGUAUGGAAGCCAUCUCAAAUCUCUAUGCAAAGUGUAGUCAUUUUCUGUUCAUGAAAGUAAGUAAAUGAUUGAACUCCAAGUUCAGGGGAAAGGCAGUCUUCCUGUGAUGGGAGGAUGCUGCAAGAUUAUAUAUGAAAGGGUCUGGUAGUCAGGAAUACUUAUAAAAUUGCUGAAUAUUUUAAUUAAAUAAUAAAUAUUUAAACAUUAGGCUUCAGAGAAACUUUACCAAAGACCUAAGAAUUAGAGAUAUGUUUGAUAAAUAAAUAAUAUUCAUGGGCUGAAAACCCUGAGUGGGAAAACAGGACUAAUUUCAGCUGGACAACCUCUUGGAAACUCAUUUCUUUAUUUUGGAAAUUAUGAGAAAAUAAUUCAUUCCAUUCAUAGGUGGAGGGCACAUGUGUUUGUUUGUGUGUGUAUUUAUGAGCUUGAGAAUAAUGAAGUCACACAAAAGUAUUAGCAGCAACCAGAUCUUAUGGAGUACUGGCCUGCCUGUGGUUCUCAAGUAAAUCUUAGAUGCUUUUGAUAAAAGAAGGAUGGAUUCUGUGUAUUUAAAUCUGGUGUUUAAAAAAGACUGUAUAGGUGAUGAUCUUAGUUAUGACCAAGCUCCCUUUAAGAAUUUAGACAUUUAAUAUAUGAUCUCUGUAUUGGGUUAUAAAACUUCCCUAACAACUAAAGUCGUUAAAGACAAAUGAUGGAGUGGUUACAUAAGGAAAAAUUGCAAACACUGAAAGUUAAUAUGUCCUUGUUUGCAUACUAUUACUUGAGAAUUCAGGUUUCAUGUCAACUUCAGUAUGAAUAAUUCCAGCUUAUAACAAGAACAGACAGUGAAUGAAUGAGUUAAUUUGAGUUGUUUUGAAAACAAGAAUGUUUUCCAUAAAGAGAGCGUUGAACUCAUCCAUUAGCAUGCUAUGGUGAUUUCUGGCUUUACACUGGUCACAACAAUAAAAAGUAAAAAGAAUGUCACAGCACAUACACAAAUCAGGUGCAUAUAGAAUUUAAGGUCAGGAUAUUCAAGCAAUCACAACCAGUGAUAUUACACUAGCAUUUAAAAAAUUUCUCUUUGUCUGUUCAGAUAUGAUAACUUUUCUGUCCAUCACUUUUUCCAUUCUAGUAGGGGUUAUAUUUGUUAUUGGAAAUUUUGCUAAUGGCUUCAUAGCAUUGGUACAUUCCAUUGAGUGGGUGAAAAGACAAAAAAUCUCCUUUGCUGACCAAAUUCUCACUGGUCUGGCUGUCUCCAGAGUUGCUUUGCUCUGGGUAUUAUUACUAAAUUGGUAUGCAAGUGAGUUUAAUCUAGCUUUUUAUAGUGAAGAAGUAAGAAUCACUGUUUAUAAUGUCUGGGCAGUAACCAACCAUUUCAGCAACUGGCUUUCUACUAGCCUCAGCAUGUUUUAUUUGCUCAAGAUUGCCACUUUCUCCAACCUGAUUUUUCUUCACUUAAAGAGGAAAGUUAAGAGUGUCAUUCUGGUGACACUGUUGGGGCCUUUGCUAUUUUUGGUUUGUCAUCUUUUUGUGAUGAACAUGAAUCAGAUUGUGUGGAGAAAAGAAUAUGAAGGAAACAUGACUUGGAGGAUCAAAUUGAGGAGUGCAACGUACCUUUCAAAUGUGACUAUAGGCAUGCUAGCAAACCUUAUACCCCUCACUCUGACCCUGAUAUCUUUUCUGCUGUUAAUCUGUUCUCUGUGUAAACAUCUCAAGAAGAUGCAGCUCCAUGGCAAAGGAUCUCAAGAUCCCAGCACCAAGGUCCACAUAAAAGCUUUGCAAACUGUGACCUCCUUUCUCCUAUUGUGUGCCAUUUACUUUCUGGCCAUGAUCCUAUCAGUUUGGAAUUUUGAGCUGGAAAACAAACCUGUCUUCAUGUUCUGCCAAGCUAUUGUAUUCAGCUAUCCUUCCACCCACCCAUUCAUCCUGAUUUGGGGAAACAAGAAGCUAAAGCAGAUUUUUCUUUCAGUUUUGUGGAACGUGAGGUACUGGGUGAAAGGACAGAAGCCUUCAUCUCCAUAGAUUCACGAGAGGGGCAUUGUGUGUCUUCUAGCAGAAAACAAACUGGUGGUACAGAGGAUACUUAUCUGCUGAAGGGGGAAUGUUCUUGCACUAAUUCCAUAAGGAUUUGCCCUCCCGUCUCCUAUAGGCUUCUCUGUGACAUGCAUAGUGUCCUAUAAUGCCCACUCUGCAUGCCGCUAGCAGCUUUGAAUUCCACUGGAUCAUCUGGCACAGUGACCAGAGCAGCUUGGACCACAGCAGCUUGGACUGGAGCCUGUAUCUGCGGUAGAGCCCUCUUUUGUUCUAGGUUCCACUUGACAGCAGUAGCCUUUAGAAACUUCAUUCAUGAGUCAGAGCAAUAUUCUCAAAUGUGGAAUAUGUUAGCUCCAAAAUCCCAAUAGGCUUCCAAAACAUUGUGCCUCUUUUGUAGUGAUAGGAAAUAUAUGGAGAGAGCAACAUGCCAUUUUCUUUAAAAAAAAAGAUUGUUUUAACAUGUAGACAGGGGACACUUGAACGCCUUAAAACAUCACUUAUGUUUAUGUUCCUGAAUCCUCUCCUAUUUCUCUCUUUCCUUCUGGUAUUUUACUUCCGCUCAGUGUUAUAGUAUUUUAUUAUAUUUAAGAAACUUGCCACUUCCUGAUUAUUGUACCAAGUUAUAUAUUGUUAUUAUUGCUAUUCUUUUGAGACAGAGUCUCAUUCUGUCCCUGAGGCUGGGGUGCAGUGGCAGGAUCACAGCUCAUUACAGCCUCAACCUUCUGGGCUCAAGUGAUUCUCCCGCCUCUGCAUUGCUAGCCGCGGGGACUGCAGGGGCGCACCACCACGCCUGGCUAAUUUUGGUACUUUUUGUUGGGCUGGGAUGUCACCGUGUUACCCAGGCUGGUCUCAAACUUCUGGGCUCAGGUGAUCUGCCUGUAUCGGCUUCCUAAAAGUGUUGGGAUUGCAGUCAUGUGCCACAGGGCCCCGUCUGUAACAUUAUUAAUAUGUUAAAUUAGCAGAAUAUUUUUUAAAAAAUGUAAAUUAAACUGAGAACAGAAGUGACAUAACCCUGACAUAAAACAGUGAAGCAGUGCUAUUAUUUUUACAAGGCAAAUUGUUUUGAUUUUCCCUCAUAAUGGGUGUAGAUUAAGAAACAUUCACCAAAUCACGAGCCCCGUAAAAAGUACCAGAAGCUCUGCUCUGCUCAGUGAAGAUAGCACAUCCUGGAAAGCUUUUGUAAGUGCUGAUUUAAGUUUAUAGUAGUCUGCAUUCAUUCUAUAACCCAUCUGGUUUUGGUAGAGGCCAGAUAGGUUAAGUGAAUAGAGAUAUAAAGAGACUACCAUUUCCUGUAACUUUAAAGUACUUUGUCAUGGCAGUGACCAAUUCCAUUCUUUAGGGAAUGCAGUUAUUAUAUUUUAUACAUUGUGUUGCCAGUAGAGGAGAAUUUCAGAGGCUUCCCCUUGGUCCUGCUAUAAUAAUGUCCCUUACUCUACAGUUCAGGAAGAAUGUGACAGUUCUGACAGCUGCCAUACAUAUCCAUUUCAAUUACGCAUUCAGGAAGAGGUAAUACUACAAACUGAUUAGAUCUACCUUGGGAUGAACAUGAGCCGAAGCUCUGGAUAGCAUCUGACCUUCAAAACUCCCACUGCAGGCUGGAUAUGAUGGCUCAUGCCUAUAGUCCUAGUACUUUGGGAGGCCAAGAUAGGAGGAUUCCUUGAGAGCAGUAGUUCCCUGUGCAGCCUAUGGAGACUCUAUCUCUACAAAAAAUUGCAAAAUUAGCUGAUGUGGUUGUGCAUGCCUAUAGUUCCAAAUACUUGGGAAGCUGAGGCAGGAGGAUUGCUUGAGCCCAGGGGUUCGAGGCUGCAGUGGGCUAUAAUCCUGCCACUGUACAGCUUGGGUAACAGAAGGAGACUUUGUCACAGAAGAAGAAAAAAAGAAGUGUAAGUUCUCACUGGUAUCUUAAAUAUCAAGUAAAAUGGGAUCAAAUAAAUAAUUAACAAUCUUUCGUUCCUGCCUAUAGCAAACAGGUAAAAUUGAAAGUACAAAGAGUAUAUUAACUCCUAACAAAAUUAACCAAAGACAAUUUUAUUUUCAUCUCCUUUCUUUGUUGUUUUUUUUUUUUUUUUGAGACAGGGUGUUGUUCUGUC